GUUUAUACACCUGAUGAAUGGGAGAUAGAACGAGAUAAAAUUGAAUUAUUGGAUAAAAGGUUAGGGAAAGGAUCAUUUGGAAUGGUAUGGGAAGGUUUUGCCAAAGGCAUUUUACCAUCACAAAAAGAACCCAUAAGAGUUGCUGUAAAGACUGUAAAUGAAGAUGCUGGUUUUUAUGAUAAAAUGAUAUUUUUAAAAGAAGCUUCUACAAUGAAGGAGUUUAAAUGUUAUCAUGUAGUUAGAUUAUUAGGAGUUGUAUCUAUAGGACAACCAGCAUUAGUUAUCAUGGAACUAAUGACAAAAGGAGAUUUAAGAAAAUAUUUACAUUCCCACAGACCAGAUACUGAGGUAAACAAUAGUCCUCCACCUACUAUAAAAGAUAUUUUACAGAUGGUAGGAGAGAUAGCAGAUGGUAUGGCGUAUUUGGCAGAUAAAAAAUUUGUACAUCGAGAUUUAGCAGCCAGAAACUGUAUGGUUUCAGAAAAUAAUGUUGUCAAAAUAGGAGAUUUUGGUAUGACUAGAGAUAUUUAUGAAACAGAUUAUUAUAAAAAAGCUGGCAGAGGACUGCUACCUGUCAGAUGGAUGGCACCAGAAUCUUUAAAAGAUGGUUUAUUUUCAACCAUGUCAGAUGUUUGGUCGCUGGGUGUUGUUUUAUGGGAAAUGGCUACAUUAGCAGCACAACCCUAUCAAGGUCUUUCAAAUGAAGGAGUAUUAAAAUAUGUUGUAAAUGGUAAUAUUAUGGAUAAACCAGAAGGAUGUCCCGAUCAAUUGUAUGAAAUAAUGAAAUGUUGUUGGAGAUAUAAACAUAAAGAACGACCGACAUUUAAAGAAAUUAUAGAAAUGAUUAUACCAAAUUUAGAUCCCAGUUUUAAAGAUGUAUCGUACUUCUUUAGUGACGAAAAUACAAAAGAUGGACGGGAACUUGUAUAUAUUGAGGAAGAACCUGCGUGUAAUUUAGACAAUCUGGAAGCUAUAGCAUAUCCUCAAGAUUUAGAUGAUUCUGUUGAAUAUGAUACUCAUGACGAAUCAACUAUACCAUUUAUAGAACAUCAUACCGACCGGCUGCACAAUCAGCCACGUUCUAGUGUGUUACAUUUGAAUAAUUCAGAGCCUUGUGAAUGUGUUAUGUUAGAAGAACUGAAUAGUGAUGGACAUCGUAUUACUGAUAGACAAAAUAACUGUAACCAUGCCGACAGUAAGGAAAGCAGUAAAUCUAGUAAUGAAAGUAAUAGAAAUGGCUUGUUAAAUAGACAUGUAUAUAGAUUGCCUCAUACAUCGUCCUGCUAG